UUUCUGUCUCCACUGCUCAUCCAUAACACCCUCAACAUCGACCUGAACAUAUCUUCACACCGCUCGAUCCAUAGCCCCUACACCGUCAAUACUAGCAAGGGAAACCGGCCGCCAUGGUCCAGGAAAACACCACCGGCAACCCGCUUGCCGCCGGCUCGCUAGCCGUCUUCAUGGCCGCGAGUCUGCCUAAGGGCGCGUCACCGCCUCUGAAGAACCCCUGGGAUGCUAUCGCGCUCGCCGUGCAUGCCGGCAUGAUAGCUGUAGGCUUCAGGCUGAUCGGUCUCGGCGAGGAUCAUCGGAUAGACACCGCUUCAGAUGCCCAAGAUCCAGAGCCGCUUCCUUCGGAAUGGAACGCCACUUCCUCCUAUGCCUUCCGAUACAAGCACGCACAAUCCUCGAUGGAAUACCUUGUCAAAGUGAGCCGACUAGGCAGCAAAGCCGUCGUCCUGGCCAUGGCCAUCGGCGCAGAUAAGACAACUACCUUCGAGGUGACGGUGAAAGACUAUGUGUCCGAAUCGUCAAUCCCAUCCACAGCCUUUCCCUCAGACGCGUCCACGGAAAGCAUAUCACAAACCCUGCAAGACGUCUUCAUCUCCGUCGGCCGCCUCGGCGACCUUGGUGCCCUGCUUAAGAUCAGCGUAAUCCAAAAGCUAGCGCCAGGACUGAAUAAAGACGGAUACGAAGAAUACACAGAGGCCGCAUCUGCUUCGGGCAAUAACCAGCGCCGUUCGCCGCCUCCCCGCCAGCCCCAAGCGCCUCAAUACGACCCGCUUCGAGAUGACCCUCUCCAACCUCCUCCAGCACGACCAUAUCCUUUCAACGACCCUCUAGCCGUACCUCCGCGCCGCGGUCCACUUCCAGACCCAAUACCCGGCUUCGAGGAUGAGUAUGAAAUCAAUCGGCCAGCGCGCGGCUAUGGCGUCCCCGGCGGCCGCUUCCCCAAUCUUGGGGACAAUGACCUUUACCCACAAGGUUUAGGACCGAAUGACCCACUACGGCCGCACUUUGGCGGUGGGUUGCCACGACCGGGAGCUGGCGGCGGCGGAAUGCAUCCGACGUUCGAUGAUCCGAUGUUCGGGGGGAGGGGCGGUAUUGGAGGCGGAUAUGAUCCCAUGGCUCCGCCGGGCGCGCGGUAUGAUCCCACCGGCCCUGGAGGUGCGCCUCGAGAUGGAAGAGGCGGAAUGGGCGGGCCUCGAUUCCCUGGAGGAGGUGGAUUGGGAGGGAGACCGCCGAACCCAUUUGGCGGCUAUGGGGACGGAGACUUUAUAUAGGGGGACAAGACCGAAAGAUGAUAUGAAACAUGAAGUACGAUAACGAAGUCAUGACAUUGGUCAUGAGAAAACAGAAGAACUGGCCAUACAACCGGUAUUAACGGUCAAAAACUCCUAGAUAAAAUCUCGACAGUGAGGCCUUUGGCUAACUAGAUAUUUGCUAUUGCCGGAGGGUUUAUGUAUAAAAUCAAAUGUAACACAACCGAGCAUUGCUCCUCUGCUCCUAGG